UCACCUCACUCAGAAAUUUGUCUACCAACACUUCCUUAUUUUCCAAGCAUUAAUCAGCCUGACCUGCUAGAUUCUCUCUACUUCUUGUGUAGCAGAGAAACCUCCAGAAACCAUGGACAACGCUCCAGAAGUGGCUCCUCUGAACGAAGGGGUUCUGACCGGCAGUCAGGAAGCUCUGGUCCCCCCUGUAACACCGAGCAGGAGCUCCAACAGCCGUGCUCUGAAGAUCGCUGGCCUGACCACCCUGGCAUGUCUGCUGUUGUCCAGCCAGGUCUUCACCGCCUACAUGGUGUUCAACCAGAAGCAGCAGAUUCACUCGCUGCAGAAGUCCUCAGAGAAAAUGGGCAGACAGCUGACCCGUUCAUCAAAUGUUGUUUCUCCAAUGAGGCUGCACAUGCCCAUGAACAGCCUCCCCCUGAUCAGCGACUUCGUCUCAGAUGAGGUGCCCAAGCCAACAAAAGCCAAGACGCCCUUGACUAAACUUCAGGAUGCUGUUGUCAAUGUGGAGAAACAGGUGAAGGAGCUGGUGCAGCAGGACUCACAGCUGCCUCAGUUCAACAAGACCUUCCUGGCCAACCUCCACGGCCUGAAGAAACAGAUGAAUGAGAGCGAGUGGAAGAGCUUUGAGACUUGGAUGCGUUACUGGCUGAUCUUCCAGAUGGCCCAGCAGCAGCAGCCUGCACCUCCAACAGCCUCUACAAUCAAGACCAAAUGCCAGCUGGAGGCAUCGGCUAAGUCUGGCAAGCUUGGUGACUUCCGUCCACAGUGCGAUGAGCAUGGUAAAUACAGACCCAUGCAGUGCUGGUUUUCCACCGGCUUCUGCUGGUGUGUGGACGACUCUGGCGCAACCAUCGAGGGCACUGCUGUGCGUGGCCGUGCCGACUGUGAGAAAGGCCCAGCUCCUCGCCGAGCAAUGAUUGCCCCCCUACUGGUGCAGAAGACCAUCAGCCCUGAUGAGUAGUGAAAAGGCUGAUGCAUUGUCUUGGGGUUUCCUUCCAUUAAGUAAUCUCUGCAGACAUGAAAAUCACUUGUUUCAAGCUGGAUGUCGGCCAAUAUGCUGUAAUCGUUUUAUCAUGAUCAUUUAUCCUCCAUAUUUUCCUUGAUUUUUUUUUUUUUUACAAUUUCGCUGGCUGAUCGUUAUCAAAUGAGUAGUGGUCUGUUACAUUGCUUUGCUUGACAUUUUUGUCUUUUUUUGUCAUUUAUAAGCAAAUAUUUGGUGUUAAUCACUGACAAUGUAACCUGGAGAUUUAUGUAAUCUGGUCACUUAAAAAAAAAUGAGACAGAAAUCUUCCAGCAGAAGCUGCUCACAAAGAUGCCUUGAGUUUUCUGGGUAAUGGGGAUGAAUUUCUUGAAAGAGGUUUAGCUUUUAAAUGUUGCAAAAUAUAUUCAAUGCCAGGUUUUUUUUGGUAGCAGAGACAAUAGUCAGCUGGACAAUAUUUCCGCCUGUAUUACCUGUGACUUAACCCUUUAAAAGUGACUCUCUAAGGAGGUGCCUUGUCUUUAAAGGAGUUAAUAAUUAAUGAAUAUUUCCUAACUCUGUUUGCUUUGUUGCACAUUAAGUUCAACUCGUGUAAUGAAUAGCUGUGGUGAUAAGAUCCAUGAAGAGUUUGCUUCAAAUAAGAAUCUCAACAGCUUCAAUAAAGUCGAGAAACCAG